AUGCGCCAAGUCCUCGAUGACCAGCUGGAGGAGAUGAAUGGCAUCUUCAUCCUCCACGCGCAGAAGAUCAAGCGCAUGCUGGAUCUGCAGGAACAUGCUGAGAAGAUGAGGGAGCGGGAUACGGCAUGCCGCCUGGCGGAGGCGGAGAAUUUCCAGCUGCGUGAGCAGCUUGCUGCCAUGCGAGCCGUGGGGAACCAGACGCUUAUCAUGAAGCCGGGCCCUAUUCCCGGCACCUCCGUGCCUGCCACAACCGGCUCCGGGGGUGUUGCUGGGGCUCUGAUGCCCCCAGGUGUUGGGGGUGCCUCACUGGGCCCGGCCUCACCCGUGGCCCUCUCGCCGCAUUCGCCGCAUGCGCUAGCUGCCCCGCUCCCGGGCACGGAGGUUUUGCACCGCUUGGAGCGCGCGCAGACAGUCCUGGAGACCUGGGCCACUGCGCACCAUCCCCAACUUACUUUCCGAGGCGCACGGUCCAAGGACUCUGAUGAGGAGUCCUCAGACUCUGAUCUCGAGCUGCCGGGUGCUGUGCGACAUCGCUCCCGCCGAGGUGACAAGCCAGGCCAGGCUGAGCAGUCCGAGAAUGAGGAGGAGGCAAUUGAUCCCAAGGCCGAGUACCUCAAGGAAAGCCAAAAGCAGAGGAAGAAGAAGAUGCUGAACAGCAAGCUUAGAGCACUCGACAUGAAGACUCGCAUGCGGGAUGCCUUUGCAGAGCCUUCCUAUGUCUCGACUGAGCAUUACCACACCACUGGCUGUGCUCAAAAGCUGGCUCGCUCGCCGUGGUUUGAGCACGCGACCAUGACAGUCAUUCUGCUCAACUCUGUAUGGAUAGGCAUUGAAUCUACCGUCAACGAAAGUGCGCUGCUGAUCAACGCCGACCCCGGCAUUAUCGCAGUUGAAAAUCUGCUGUGCGUGGCCUUCACUGUGGAGAUUGUCAUUCGCUUCAUGGCCUACAAGUCUAAACUUCGAGCCAUCAGGGAUUUCUGGUUCAUUUACGACUUUUUCCUGGCCUUCUUUAUGGUGAUGGAGACUUGGGUCUUCUUCGUCAUCCUGACAGUGAGCGGUGGGGACCUGGUUCUGUUUGACUCGUCAAUUAUGCGGAUGUUGCGGUUGCUGCGCCUUACUCGUGUGGCGCGCAUUGCUCGGAUGCUUCGCUUCCUUCCAGAGGUCAUGAUCCUGGUCCGUGCCAUUGGGGCAGCGCUGCGAUCAGUGAUACUCACAGUCAUCUUGGGCCUCAUGAUCGUGUACAUCUUUGCCAUCGCACUUUCACAGAUUGCGGUGGACACUCCAGCGGGCAUCAACUACUACAGCACACUUCCGCAGGCAAUGUUCAGCCUCAUUUUUCACGGCUGCUUCAACAAUGACCUCGCCUCUAUGGCACGCCUGUCCUUCCAGGACGACAUUAUUGUCGGUACGCUCUUUGCAGUGUUCAUCCUCAUCGCGCCGUUGACCAUCAUGAACCUGCUGCUGGGAGUGUUGGUGGAGGUUGUGCGGGUUGUUGCAACCGCAGAACAAGAGGGCCGCGUUGUGCGCAACCUAAAGGAGGAGCUGCAUUGGGCGAAGCAAGCGCUGGGUACUGAGGGUGACACCAUCACCCAGGAGGAAUUCAUCAUGCUGCUUCAGAACGACCAAGCCAUUGGCGUCCUUCAGGACGUCGGCGUGGACCUUGUUGCCUUGGUGAAAGACCCCAACAUCAUCUUCGACGGAGAUCCCUACAUUCACUUCCAGGACUUUCUCAAUGAAAUGCUAUUGCUUCGUGGAUCCAACAACGCCACGGUGAAGGACCUGACUGUCAUGAAGAACCAGCUAAUGCAGAGCUUGCCCAACGUUCUCAAGCGCAAGCUCCACCUGUAG